UUUACCCAGCAGGUAAACUCAACCAUGGCGGCGAGAGGCCAUGUGCAGGAUCCCAACGACAGGAGACUCAGACCUAUUUACGAUUAUCUCGAUAAUGGCAACAAUAAAAUGGCAAUACAGCAGGCGGACAAACUGCUGAAGAAACAUAAGGACCUGCACUGUGCCAAGGUCCUCAAGGCCAUCGGUCUCCAGAGGACCGGGAAGCAGGAUGAGGCGUUCACUCUGGCGCAGGAGGUGGCCACUCUUGAGCCCACUGAUGACAACUCGCUACAGGCUCUGACUAUACUGUACAGAGAGAUGCAUCGUCCCGAGCUGGUCACUAAGCUCUAUGAAGCUGCAGUGAAGAAGGUUCCUCUCAGCGAGGAGUAUCACUCUCACCUCUUCAUGGCAUACGCUCGCGUCGGAGAGUACAAGAAGAUGCAGCAGGCAGGAAUGGCCUUGUAUAAAAUCGUCCCCAAGAACCCGUAUUAUUUCUGGUCUGUCAUGAGUCUGGUGAUGCAGGCCAUCUCAGCACAAGAUGAAAAACUGGCCCAAACUAUGUUCCUGCCUCUCGCUGAACGCAUGGUGGAGAAAAUGGUCAAAGAGGAGAAGAUUGAAGCUGAAGCAGAGGUGCAGUUGUAUUAUAUGAUUCUGGAGCGUUUGGGGAAAUGUGUCGAGGCCCUUGAGGUGAUCAGGGGCCCACUUGGGGAGAAGCUGACCAGUGAGCUGCAGAGCCGAGAAAGCAAAUGUAUGAUGCUCUACCAGAGACUACAGCGCUGGCCCGAGUGUAACGCCUUAGCCCACAAGCUGCUGCUCAAAAAUCCUGAUGAUUGGCAGUUCUACCCCUCCUACUUUGACUCUCUCUUCCACCUGAUCGAUCAGUCGUGGAGCCCGCCUGAAGAUGGAGAACACUGCUCGGAGGGUUCAGUUCAUCACACCGUGGCUGAAGUCGUGAGGUUUGUGGAGGACAGAAUUAAAGGGGAAGACGGCAAAGAUUCCCGCUCGCUCAGAGGACCAUAUUUAGCUCGACUUGAAUUAAUGCACAGACUGAGAGAGCGGGGAUGUCCUGAAGAAAGCCUGCUCGGUGAUCCUUUAGAGCUGAUGGUGCAGUUCUUUGGGAAGUUUGGAGACAAACCCUGCUGCAUCACCGACCUCAAAAUAUACCUGCACCUGCUGCCUCCUGAUCAGCACGUUCAGUUCAUUAACCGUCUGAGUGAAGCGGUCCCUCUGGGCGAGCAGGGAGACGAGGGGUUCGCGUUCCCAGACGACACCAAAGCGCUCCAGAGACAUCUGUGCGUGUGUCAGCUGAGUCGAGCGCUCGGCCUGCAUCACUCCCUCGACGCGGACGGAAAACUGCAGCUCAUCUCGGAGCUCAAGGCGCACUAUCGUCACGGCCUCAAGUUUGGGAAGACAGCGCUGAAGACGGAGCUGCAGUUCUCCGACAUGUAUUGUCUCAUGGCCGCUCAUGUUUACGUCGACUUAUGGAAGGAGACCGGGGAUGAGAACAUGGUGUGGCAGGGUCUCGGCGUCCUGCAGGAGGGUCUGUCUCACAGCGCCUCAAACGCUCAGUUCAAGCUGCUGCUGCUGCUCCUCUACUGUCACCUGGGCGCCUUCGAGCCCGUCGUGGACCUUUACUCCAGCCUGGACGCCAAGCAUGUUCAGCACGACACCAUCGGGUUUCUGUUGACUCGUUAUGCCGAGUCGUUGGGUCAGUUCGCUGCAGCCUCCCAGUCCUGUAACUUCUCCCUCAGGUUUUUCCACUCCAACCAGAAAGAUACCUCAGAGUAUAUCAUCCAGGCGUACAAGUACGGAGCGUUCGAGAAAAUCCCAGAGUUCAUUGCUCUCAGGAACAGGCUGAACCAAUCGCUGCACUUUGCUCAGGUCCGUACUGAGAGGAUGCUGCUGGACCUGUUCCUCGAGGCCGACAUCGUGUUGAGUCUGGACGAGAGCGUGAAGGCCAUGUCUCUGUCUGCGGAGGAGGACGACAUCCUCUGGGACAACAUGAGGGACAACAGAGACCUGACUGUUUUUACCUGCUGGGACCCUAAAGACAGACAGUUAACCGAGGAGCACCGGCGUCAGUCUCUGGAGGAGGAGACGGUCUGGCUGAGGAUACGCUCUCUCACACUCCGCCUCCUCGCCUCUUUGGCCUCGCAGGGACACACGACACCGCAGCAAAACUCCCAGAUUUCAAACGAGAACGGAGUCGGAGACAAGACGUCGAUCCUCGGCAGCCUGCUCGCCCAACUCAACCAGACGCUGCAGACGGCCGCUGAGUCGGCAGAAAAACGCAUACAGUAUCCAUUCCUGGGACCCCCCUCCACCCGCCUGGCCUCAGCUCUGUCCAGUGGGAGCUGUCAGUGUCAGGCUGCAGCCUUCCAGCUGUCUGUGCACCUGCAGGAGCUGGAGUCUGUUGGAUUAGAUGAGUCGUCAGAGCUUCAAAACCAGAUCUGUAACAGUUUCAAAUCUUUAGUAGUUCAGCUUCAAGAAAUUCUGAAUAAAUGCAAAGGGGAUUUAUUGGAAAUGAAAGAGGGCAAAUUAAAAACAGAGCCCUCCUUAUUAGAAAACCUAAUCUUCUUUGUUGAGACAAUGUGCAUAGCCUUGUGGAUGGCGAGUAACUGUGCAAAGAUCCUCCGACCGCUGAAGACUAGUCUACAGAAGAAGAAGAAGAAGAAAAAGGAUGCAAACACAGCUCUGCCGGUGGUGGUGUGCGGGUUCCAGGAGCUGACGGGGAGCUUGCAGGACCUGCUCACCCAGAGUGUGGAGUUUAUAAAGGAGCAGGAGACGAGCAUAACAGCCCUUAAACUGGCCAGUUUAAGCUUGGAAGAAUUCCCACAGGAUGAAGCAUCGUUUAUGAAGGCUGCUAUGGACAAGGUGCAGAGCAGUUACCUGCGCUCUUUACAGGAGGUGGGAGAUCUUCUCAAGAAGAGAGCAGAGACUAUAAAGAGCCUCAAGAUCUGAACACCAUCACACCCCCCCAAAAUAAAGACGACUAUACCCCCCCCCCUAAACACACCCCCAUCUGCCCCUCAACGCCCUGCUCCACAAGUCUGUCAGCUCACCAGCUAACCCCCUCCCCUCCCCAAGUCGUUUCUGACCUCCUUCCUCUCCGGCAUCACUCGGCGUUCGUGAUCGCUCUCCGCCUGUUCUUCUUUUUCUCUCUUUUUAUUUUUUAAGUUUCUUCAACAAACACCUCUGGAACAUUUGCAACUCUUAUAGCACACGAAGCUUGUAAGUAAACUCAUGAAUUUAUACAGCAGAUAUACGCAAAAACGAUGGGAGGGGAGGAAAAGAGACACGCCUCAUUUUUAAUAAUGACACAUUUAAAUAGAGCAAAUUAGGCAGAAUGAAUACGCAGUUCUAGAUGAAGUUAUCUAAUAAAUUAUUGUACAAAGUAAAGAGCAACUCCUUGGACUAAGUGAGAAUAUACGUCACAAUAUACCACUAUUCUGUUGGUUCUGUUUCUGCUUUUUUUUCUGAGGACAAUCUCACACACACACACACACACACACACACAUGCACGGGCACAAACAUCUGGACUGUUAACACUAAGGAGGGAAAUUUGAUAUGUGCAUCUUUUCCAGCUGUUUCUUUCCAAGCAGGCACAAGUUCACUUCAAACUGAUGGACAGACGGACGCCUGCAGACUGAAGUUUCCUUCAUUCAUUAUUUUGGUCUUUUUUUUUGCUUCAUGUAUCUUGUGUGUUGCUUUGGUACUGAAUGUGGAACCGCCCCCUGUAGUUGCAGUAUUAUAAAGAGCCGUGGUGGGAAGAGUUUAAUAACAAGGACAUUUUGAAUAAUCUGCUGCUGUUUGUUUUUCUCUUUUUUUUUUUUUUUACUUUUUUUUCAUUUCUAGUAGAAGUGGUGUUUGUAAACCCCCCCGUCUGUUGUGGAAUCAGUUUGUUCCAACACAAUAACCAGAUCAAACUGGGCUCACACAAACGAUCAUUGGUAAUCAUGUUAAAAAGGGGAAUUCAUGCAUUUUUUUUUUUUUUUUCAGCUUGGCCCCGUGUUUCCUUACAAACGUUUUGGUCUGAGUAGUCGAUCAAUAAGUCUUGAACUGCUCCUGUCGAUUGCUUCAGCUGGGCUACAAAUGUUCCUGAUUGAAGUGCCUCGUCUAAAACGUCUUUUAUUUUUCCACUGACGGGCUCCGAUUGAUAUUUCAAUUGUCUGACAUCAGUACAGAGAGAGAGCUUUUUCUCCUAGCCAGAAACCGUCAUCAAGUUGCUCUCUUCAAAGGUUAAACUCCAUUGACAAAAAAAACAGAAAUUGUACCUCACACAGAGUACAUAGUGGUUUUUAUUAUGUUUUAUUCUGCGUUAUACAAAUGCUUUGUGUGUGUGUGUAGUUUUUAAAGAUUUUGGGGGCUUUUUUGUGCCAUUACUAGAGAAACAGGACCGUGAAUAAUGUUGGAAAUCAGGCAGAAAAUAGUGGGAAACGACAUGCGGUAAAAGGAUCCACAGGUUGGACUCGAAUCCAGGCUGCCUUAACGAACCACUAGGCCACUGUCACCGCCACAAAUGUUGCUUUUGAUCAUAAUUUUUUGUUAUUUUGGGGCCUUUAUUUGUAGAUAUGACAGUGGACAGAGUUAUAAACCAGGGAGGGAGAGAGAGCAGGGAACCACAUGCAGGAAAGAGCCAGAGGUCGGAGACUAACCUGGGCCGUCUUCCUGGAGGACAGCAGCCUCCGUACAUGGGGAACACGGUGGCUUGUCCACUUGAUUGUUUCCUUGAUUGCUUAGCGUUUUUGGUGUAAUUAUGGGUUGCAUUAAUGUUUUGUUUGAUCAUAGCAGACCAUUUAAAACAGGAAAGUGACACAAUAGCACAGUAAAAGUCUGAUGAGGGGCAGCAGCAGAGCAGCAGCUCCUGUGCUCUGCCGGCUAAAAUGAGUGCUUUUGUCAAUGGAGUCUGGUGGCUUUGAAGAGAAGGAUGUUAACGGAAAGAGAAAAGAAACUACAUUUUCUCAAACAAAAAGAUCUGUUUUUGUCGGGGUACUUUUUUAAAAAUGUUGUCAGACACUUAGAAUAAAAAUUAAAGUCUUAAAUUGGCAAAAACAAGAACUUCAAGAGGAUUAUGCUGAAGUCACUACAGCCUGUUUCAUGACUGCUGGCUGAAGUAAAUCCACAGGAGAGGUACCAAAACCCUUUUCCAUUCAGAAGGCAAAAAAAAGGUUCAAAUAUGGCCCUGGUUUAAAAAGAAAACCCAACAACUUCCCCUUCAAGUACUGAAUGACACCAGAAACAUUGUUUUAUUUCAAGCAGUGUGAAGAAGUGCUCGUAGUAUAUAACGAGCGGUUACUCAAUCCAUAAGUCAGUCAUAAAGAAAAUUCAAAUCUCCCAGAAUUUUCAGCUUUCAGCUCCUUAAAGCUGCAGACCUGCUGCUCUUCUUUGUCUCGUUUGAUUGUAAAAGAAGAAUCUUUUGGUUUUCCACAUGUCUGUUUGAUAAACAAAGCAAUACGAAGAUAUCACUCCGAGCAUUUUUUUUCUCAAUUAAAACAAAUAACAGACUGAAUGAUGAAGUGCUCAUAGAACAAAUGGAAUGUGCAGCCUCGGUAUGAAUCUACUUUUUAACAGACACUCCUGUAUGAAAACACAAAACUACAAAUGCAAAAAUGAGUACAACUUGCCGGAUGCUGAAGUGCAUGUUUCGGCGUACAAUAGUUCAAUCCUCAGCCUCGAUUGGCGGAUGAAUCUCCUCUUUUUUUUUUUCAUUAGAAAACUUUGGACCUGAUUGUAAAUAAACUUGAGGCAGCGUUUUUUUUGCAGUACAGCGUAAAAGGAAAGUAGUGUGUUUUUGAAAGCAGCUGCUGUAGGUAUAAUGAGAUUUGUCCUGUGUUCUUGUUUGUUUUAUUUUCUGCUUUAGACCGAGCACCUCCACGGCACGCUCAACAAUCUCACCAGCUACCGCGUUUAGUGAAGGUUUGAAGCGGCGAGCAUCUUUUGCUGUUAUAAAGAAGCUUAUACGCAGAGACGAAACAAACCUAGUUUACAAAUAUCACACAGGAGCACUGAUGGAUGCUGCAGGUAGUGUGCAGUUUAACCUUUUUUAUUUUUUAUUAAUUAAUUUGGCAGCAAUAUGUGAAAAUGUGAAUAAAUGGUGAGUCCCCCCCUUCCCUUUCCUGUUAGUCUUGUAUACAGCCACACACACACUUCUGCUUAUAAUAAUCAUAAUAAAUGCCUUUUCUCUUUCUUUUUAUUUUGAAGACUCGAUUCACCUUUCUGUUUGAAUGGACCCACAGGGACGACGUUUGUGUUGUUGUUGAGGUUCAGAUUAAUGGUUGACAAUCUGGAGUGUCAUCUCACAACCCUCUUUUGUUAGAAAAUGGAAAACAGAAACACUGGAAUGUCAAAGCUUUUUUAAAAUAAAAUAAAAACAUGUAAAUGUG